UUGGCUUUACAACUCGGGAUUCCUUUUGUCUACACUCUAAGAUUCUCUCCAGCUUCUGCAAUGGAGAGACAGUGCGGUCAAUUGCCAAGUCCUCCUUCUUAUGUACCUGCUACUUUGUCAGAACUUCCCAACUUUAUGACCUUUACACAGCGAAUUAACAACCUACUCUCCUACAUCAUUCAGGAUUUGUUCUUCUCCACGUUUUGGGGACAAUGGGAUUCAUAUUAUAGUGAGAUUUUAGGUAAACCAACAACAUUCUGCGAAACAAUGGGCAAGGCUGAAAUUUGGCUGAUUCGGACGUAUUGGGAUUUUGACUUUCCCCGCCCACUUCUGCCCAACUUUGUGUUUGUCGGAGGGCUUCACUGUCGACCAGCAAAGCCACUGUCUCAGGAAUUGGAAGAAUUUGUUCAGAGUUCGGGAGAGCAUGGCAUUGUGAUCUUUUCUCUGGGCUCAUUGGUUAAGAACCUUGCAGCUGAGAAAGCCAAAGUGAUUGCUGAAGCACUGGGAGAAAUUCCACAAAAGGUUCUUUGGAGCUAUGCUGGUGAACAACCAAAGACGCUGGCAUCGAACACAAAGUUGUAUAAAUGGCUGCCUCAAAAUGACCUACUUGGACAUCCCAAGACCAGAGUAUUUAUCACCCAUGGUGGUACAAAUAGUAUAUACGAAGCUAUUUACCAUGGGGUGCCUAUGAUCGGAAUUCCACUGUUUGCUGAUCAACCUGAUAGUAUGGCUCACAUGAAGACAAAGGGAGCUGCUGUGGUUCUCAAUUUUGAUACAUUGAAUAAACAGGAUUUAGUUAAUGCCAUCAACACGGUGAUCAACGAUACAAGCUACAAAGAAAAUGUGCUAAAGCUAUCUCGAAUUCAACAUGACCAGCCAAUGAGUCCAGUGGAUAGAGCAGUGUUCUGGAUUGAAUUUGUAAUGCGCCAUGGAGGAGCUCAGCAUUUGCGGCCUGCAGCACAUUCCCUGUCCUGCUACCAGUACCAUUGCCUGGAUGUGAUAGCAUUUCUGUUUAUUUGUUUAGCAAUCAUUGUAUUUGUUUCAAAAAAAUGCUGCAUGUUUUGCUGCUGAAAAUGCAUAGGUACAAGGGUAAGGAAAAACAAGACUGAACAAUACUCUUUAAUGCAUAGGAUGACAAACUUAUAACACCAUUUAAUUACUUUGGAAUUUAUAUUGCGCAGGGUUAAAAUUACAUGGUGUUCUAAAUAAGUUUUUAGUUAAAACUAGUUAACAGGAAAACUCAUAUUAUUGACAAUUUCAACUUCCUACUGAAUCAUUCUUUGCACUCAAUUGGUGCAUCUCAAAAUUUAAAUUGUGCCUAAAGAUCAUUGAUUUUCUGGAGAUGAGGGUUUACUAGCAAUUUAUUACUGUCCUUGGAAAGAUGCUUGUGAUUCUUGUUACUGCAGUUUGUGUGAUAGAGAUAUCGCUGUUAGGUAGGGAGUUUCAGGAUUUUGACAGUGAUGAAAAAGGAAUCAAGAUAUUUACCCAAGUUAGAAUGUUGUGCAGCAGUUUGAGGACAAACCAGUUUAAAAAAUCUUUCCAUUUAUUAAUUUGCACAGAGAUAUCUCUACACUAGAACAAAGAAGCUGGCAGGAACUCUGUAAGAUAUAUGCAUUGUGCUCAAUGCUGUAAUUGUUGAUAACAAGAGAAAUGUGCGAUCAUCACAGAUCAAAAUGUUGCACUGAAUUGACCAGAAUAGGGCUUCCAAUUAUUCCCUCAUCAGAAACUCCCAUCCAAGUAUUAUGGUUAGUUCACGGCUGUCACCACAGCUGCUCCAACCUAGGCCUGGUUUCCACAGCCAAAAUAACUAACAGUGUGCUCUGGAUACAGGUUUUCCUGACUUAAU